UUGUCAUUUUAUUUUGAGGUUACCCACACAUCGAUCAUUUUCUUAAUAAAUUGUUGAAAUUAUUGAAAUUUUCAAAUUCUCAUUUCAUCGUGGAGGUACAGCGUGGGUGAUGGUCUAGGUGGAGUGAUAAUAUUUCUUCCUCAGCUAUCCUUGAACACUUCCUCUCAUUUUGUGUUCCUCUAAUCAGAAUGGUUUCAUCGAAUGUGCUUCUAGAUAGUAUUCAAAUAGAAAUAGGAGGAGACAAUGAGUGGCCAAAUGAUGCCAAGUUAUUCCAACCUUAUGAGACCGAGCAAAUUCUCAUGCCUGAUUCCGCCAAUUGUCUGGCAGUGCAAGCUUUUCUUCAAAUGGCAAAUCUUAAAUACGAAACCGUAUACAAGGCUAAUGCAGCGGAAAUGUCUCCAACAGGUCGCGUGCCGUUCAUCAAGGUUGGUCAGUAUCUUGUCGCAGAAUUGGAACCUAUAGUUGCAUUUGUCCAAAAUAAGAACAUAUCUCUCACUAGUAAUCUAACUGAUGCGGAGAAGUCCGACAUGAGAGCCUACAUGUCACUCAUUAACACAGUUUUUGGAAACGCAGAAAAUUAUAUUACUUGGUGCGAUCCUGAGACUUACUCUAAAGUUACGAAGAAGCGUUUUGGCUCCAUUCACCCUUUUCCACUAAAUCACAUCCUGGUAUGGAAGAAGAGGUCUGCAACGAUAGAGCGAAUGAAGGCACUUGGCGGAAAAACAGAACAAGAAGCUGUGUUGGACGAUGUGGACUUAUGCUGUCAGUCCUUGUCUGAUCGAUUAGGUGACCGAGAAUUCUUCUUCAAAUCUGGCCCCACUGAAUUAGAUGCACUAGUUUUCGGCCACAUCUUCACUAUUAUCACAACGCCACUUCCAAACAAUCAGCUUAAUGGAAUUGUCCGUGGCUUUCCUAAUCUGAUCGAGCAUUGUAAGAGAAUAGACAAGAUGUUUUUUAAAACUAAUUUUUCCUCGGAGUGGAUGUGAAUGUUCGAAAACUUGGACUGGAUAACGUUGUUAAUACCACUUUUACCGAUAUAAUUAGUAUCAGCUGUAACAGUUAAAGUACUAGUUUCAUGAUGUUUUUUAGUAAUAUCUACUCUCAAAAACUUCCAAUUUCCUUUGCAAAAUUCUAUUUUUUGUGAAAUGCAAUGCAGGGCAAAGUCUGGUAUAUAUGAUGAAACUACAGAAAUGCGUAUCUCGGGAUGCAGAGUCGCUGACUUAUUGCCAUACUUUAUUUCCUUCAUGAACUUCUUCUUAAAAUCAUUUCUAAAAAAACUUAUGUGAUUUUUCUUUACUUUAAGAAGAAUUUUGAAAUCGAAAAAUUGAGCAUAGAAGAUGUUAAGCUGGAAUGCGUGACUCAAGACAUAAUUGGGUUAGCAGGUACUUGUGAAAAUUUCAAGCCAUGAUUUUGUUCCGGUCUCCUUCUAAAAAAUAAAAUAGGAGUGGAGAUUUUGAAACACGGCAACUGAGAUUUGCAUUUUUGUAGUUCCACCGUCAAUAUGGUAAUUAGAUAUGCCUGAGAAUUGUUAAGUUUAUGCUGUGUUUAUUAAUUAUGUUAAUUUUUUCUGUUUGAUGUGAUACUCUCUUCAAGUGAACUGUUGUUUAUCACAAAUUGACAAUUAAAUUGCAAAAUCAGCACUUA